UCGACAUGGCGGCGCCCUUGCAGGUUGUGAGGCGUUUUUUGCGGUUAUCAGGAAAUCCGACCCCGACCCUGUCUCGUUCUGCGUUCACUGCAAAGAAGGAUGAUCCAAAUAAUCCUAAUUGGGUGAAAGUUGGUCUGAGUUUUGCUUCAACAAUAGCAAUAUGGAUGCUGCUCUUCAAGCAGUAUAAUGACGAUUUAAUAGAAUACAAAAGGAGAAAAGCAGAGGGAGGAUCUUAAUGAAGAUUCUAAAUUACUAUGGUUGAAGAUGUGCUUUUAGCUGAUCUCUGCAACAACAUUAUUAAACCAUUAGUUGUUGGAUCCAUUCCUCAUUAAUAUUAAUAUUCCUGAAAUAAAACAAUGUUAAGUAUGGAAAUGGCUGAAAUUGUCGUGCUUUUUAUGGUUGCUUCUAAGAGCACUAAAUAAAUACAUCAGCUUAAAA